GCCUUUAGUGAGAACCUCCCCAGCUCACCUCCCCUAGAAAAACCCUGCUUUUAACUAAACCCUGCAGCUACUUCCGGGCUACAGAGCUUGUCCCAGGUUCACUGCUCUCCAACCGGACCGCAACCCUACAGCCACCCAGCCAUGUCGUCCUGCAGCCGCGUGGCGCUGGUGACCGGGGGUAACAAGGGCAUAGGCUUAGCCAUCACGCGUGACCUCUGUCGGAAGUUCUUGGGGGACGUGGUGCUCACCGCCCGGGACGAGGCUAGGGGCAAGGCUGCGGUGCAGCAGCUGCAGGCGGAGGGCCUGAGCCCGCGCUUCCACCAGCUGGACAUCGACGACCUGCAGAGCAUCCGCGCCCUGCGAGAAUUUUUGCUCAAGGAAUACGGGGGACUGGACGUGCUGGUCAACAAUGCGGGCAUCGCCUUCAAGAAUGCUGACCCAACCCCCUUCCACAUUCAAGCAGAAGUGACAUUGAAAACAAACUUUUUUGGUACCCAAGAUGUCUGCACUGAGCUGCUGCCUCUAAUGAAACCCCGAGGCAGAGUGGUGAACGUAUCAAGCAUGGCGAGUCUCAUGGCCCUGAAAAACUGCAGCCCGGAGCUGCAGCAGAAGUUUCGAAGUGACACCAUCACAGAGGAGGAGCUGGUGGGGCUCAUGAACAAGUUUGUGGAGGACACAAAGAAAGGAGUGCAUGAGAAAGAAGGCUGGCCUAAUAGUGCUUAUGGGGUGAGCAAGAUUGGGGUGACAGUCCUGUCGAGAAUCCAUGCCCGGAAACUCAGCGAGCAGAGGAAAGGGGACAAGAUCCUCCUCAAUGCCUGUUGCCCUGGGUGGGUGAGAACAGACAUGGCAGGACCAAAAGCCACCAAGAGCCCCGAAGAAGGAGCAGAGACCCCCGUGUACUUGGCUCUUUUGCCACCAGAUGCAGAGGGACCUCAUGGGCAGUUUGUUCAGGAAAAAAAGGUAGAACAAUGGUGAGCUCAACUCUCGCCUCUUCCCACAUCAACUCUCCCUCUCUUUGUAUUCUGUUGGUGAGGACCAAGGGACAUUGAUAAUAUACUAACACAAUAUACUAAUUUAACACUCUUUAACAACUUGACUGAUUGACCUUUGUAAUUCUGUGAAUUGUUUUAUGAUUCCCUCUGUGAUACAGGAUGAGAAAAAGUCAAUUCUGGGAAAAAAAUAA